AUGACUGUCCACAAUCUUAUUGUUUUCCCAUCCUCACAGAGACGAUGUUAUGCAGCUGCCAGAAGGAGCUCGCUGACUGAACCUUUGUCUGUGAACCCCCGCAAUGCUCCUUCCAAGCCAGUCUUCCAGCCACAGGAUAUCCAGGUGUCCAAACUUCCCAGUGGCCUGCUCAUUGCCUCCUUAGAAAACUAUUCUCCCGUUUCCAAGAUCGGUGUGUUUGUAAAAGCUGGCAGCCGUUAUGAGACACCAGACAACGUGGGGCUUACGCAUGUGCUGCGAUUAGCUGCAAACCUGACUACAAAAGGGGCGUCUGCAUUCAGGAUAUGUCGGGGUGUAGAGGCCGUGGGAGGCUCUCUCAGUGUGACGUCAUCAAGGGAGCACAUGGUUUACUCUGCAGAAUGUCUGAGAGAUAACCUUGACACAGUCUUGGAGUACCUGAUCCACAUGAUUACUGGCCCUGAGUUUAGGCCAUGGGAAGUAUCAGACCUCACCUCAAGAGUCAAGAUUGAUAAAGCCAUGGCAAGCCAGUGUCCACAAAUUGGUGUUGUUGAGAAGUUGCAUGAAGCUGCGUACAAAAAUGCCCUUUCCAACUCCCUCUAUUGCCCAGACUUCAGAGUGGGCAAUGUCAGCUCUGAUCAGCUGCUUUCUUUUGUGGAGAAUAAUUACACCAGUGCAAGAAUGGCCGUUGUUGGACUUGGUGUGAAGCAUUCCGUGCUGAAGCAGAUGGGAGAGCAGUACCUGAGUAUCGGUCGUGGUGCUGGAGCACCUGGGGCCAAAGCUCUGUACCGUGGGGGUGAGCUGCGGAUGCAGUGUUCUGAUGGGCUGGUGCAUGCUCUGGUGGCCAGUGAGGCAGCAGCGACUGGCUCAGCGGAGGCCAACGCCUUCACCGUGCUGCAGAGGGUUUUGGGAGCAGGCCCUCAUGUCAAGAGGGGUGCCAACAUCGGCAGCAAACUCAGCCAAGGCAUCGCCAAGGCCACCACACAACCAUUUGAUGCCACAGCCUUCAGUUCCACGUACUCAGACUCCGGACUGUUUGGGAUUUACACCGUCUCACAAUAUGAUGCUGCUGGAGAGGUGAUCAGAGCUGCCUUGGCUCAGGUGACCGCUGUUGCUGACGGAGGGCUUUCCGCAGAAGACCUGGCCAGGGCAAAGAACCAGAUGAAGGCAGAGUACCUCAUGUCCUUAGAAGCCACAGAAGGCCUCCUGGAGGAGGUGGGAGCACAGCUAUUGGCCAGUGGAGCUUAUGGCAGCCCUGAGGCAGUGCUGCAGAGUAUCGACUCGAUAACCUCCAGUGAUGUUGUGAACGCUGCAAAGAAAUUUGUGUCCGGCAAGAAAACAAUGGCCAGCAGUGGACAUCUGGUGAACACACCAUUUGUGGAUGAGUUGUGAGAGGUCGCCUGUAUCUAAUGAUUAAACAAAGGCAGCCAUUGCCUUGCUGCAGAAAAAAAUGCAAUAGAAAUGGUUCUUAAAAAACAUAAUGACUGCCAACUGCAUUUGACAAUGUUUGUCACUAGCAACUCAUAGUUUUUGUUUUACAGUGUUUGUGCAAAUCACCACAGGAAGGGACAAGUGUCUUUCACUGUAUAUCUGAUGUAAAUUCAUUAAAUGAGAUGACAUCUCGGUUA